GAGCGCAAGGGUUCCUCCGACUGAGAGGAUCAGUGUGGUGGUGGUUUCCUCCGUCGGAUGGCAUCGGUGCCUCCGCUGCUGGGCGAUAUCUGGACUGAUAUUGAAGGAAGAGUGACUUCUUGGAAUGGAGCUGCUAUGGAGCGAAAAUCGGACAUGGCUGGCAAGGAAUUGGUUGGGACAUCUGCAGUUGUUGGAUCGGCGCAGUCCUUUGCAGUCGGCGCGGGACUGACGAAAGCAGGCGCUGAGGAGAGAGUCGGCGCAAGCAAGCGGCCUUCUACGUCCACCGGAGGCACAGGCGAAACUGAUUGGCUGAAAAGCACAGGAUGGGAAGGGGGGAAGCUUCACCGAUCAGACAACGAGAGAAACGAGUUUUGUUGCCGAAAAGAGCCAUCUGACGUACCAGAUACUCCGCCGGACAGUGAGGAAUGUCCGAUUACCCAGUUCACGGGAAAUGGGGCAGGGAGCUCAAAACAGGUUGCCAUGCGUGCAGUGGAAGGGUUUCAGGGUUGGCGAUUGGGGAGCCGCACGCCCGGAAAUCUGUCGAGCUGCAUUGCCGCUGUCAUGAAGCCUAAACGAGGAUCGCUACCUGAACUUGCACGCACAAUACGACAAAGCGGAUGUGCGGCCAUCGGUGAGCACCAUGCUCCUCAGUUGUGGCAAACGAUCCUUUGCUGUCUCAGGCCUGGUAGCACCCGAAAACAAAGCUGCAGAGGCCUUCGGACAGGAAAUACAUCUGAAUCAGACCCCUUUAGCCGAGAAGAGCAGAUUGUGCCUGCAGUGGCCGCUCCCCUCCACCCCCCCUAUGUCCCCAGAUUGUCGAGGGAUUCGAAAAUCUGUCACGAUCAGCCACUAAGAAACAUCACAACAGGGAUGCCGAUGUCGAUCCCAAGCAGUCCGUCGCAGGGGCUCAUGCCGCCCAUGCGCCCGGAGGACGUUGGCAAGAAGACGCUGGUCCUGGAUCUAGAUGAGACCUUGGUUCAUUCCUCAUUCAAGCCAAUACCCAAUGCAGAUUACAUUAUUCCCGUCGAGAUCAACAAGAGGAUGACAGAUGUGUAUGUGCUGAAGCGGCCAUGGGUCGAUCACUUCAUGAAGAAGAUGGGCCAGAGGUUUGAGGUAAGUACGCUAUGCAUCUCGCUUGCCUUCACGCAACUUCUCAUGUACUUUCAGGGGAAGACUGAUGAUGCGUAUGGCACGGUGUUCUGCACUAGAGGGCAGCAGGGGGAAGAGCAGAAUGGAGAAAACGGGGCCGAGAGCGAUGACUGUAAGGAGGAGGUGUGUCUCUAGCAAGCUCUGAAUGGGAGCGCAAAUCGAACGGUGAAGUGACAUAUGGAUAAGCAACUCUCAAGCAUCGACAGAGAGCUGACGGGUGCUCGCUGCCCAUAUUGCGAUGCGAUUCGCCGGCUUAUAUGUCAGUCAGUAGCAAGCCACAACAGUUCCUUACAACCGUUCUUCGUCUGGCACAGCUUCUUUCACACAGUGAGUGUUUUGGCGGCUGUCAUUUGGUGAUGACAGGGAAAUGCCAAGGAUCAUUAUUACCAUUUCAAUGAUUUCAUACCCUUUUCAUAAUUUCUCACGACUACUUCACAAUGAUAGGUUUUUUCAUUAUUAUCCUGCACACGCAUUUGCAAAUGUCAUUUUGAAAUUGCCACUGUUGUGUGCUGCAGUUUGUUGUGCGCUUUUUACACCUCAGCUCAGUGGUGCGCCGAAUGCGGUCAUUCGUUGACUGUGCUGCUUUUCAAGCUAGCGGAAGCAGCGGUCAUGUGCUCUCUUGGUCUUGGUUUGCCCCAUUGCUUAGCUUUUGGUAGUAGCUCACUGUAGCUGUAUAUUCUUGAAUUCCUGUGAUUUGUAUUUACUAUUUAAUAUUUAUGUAAUUUUAUUACUCGGUUUUUCCAUGCAAGCUUGGACAAAUGUGGCACCGAUUCGGCAUGAAGGGAGAACCGACUUCAACAGUUUUGCCUGUGUGUUGUCAGGCAAACAGAUCAAAGUCAGUCCACCUGAUGAUGAAAAGGCCCGGCAUUUGUCCUCUACGCUCUCCGCAUUUACAUGGGAAAACUUUCUAACAGAGGAGGAAGGUAUGGAGUGUAUGGACCCGUAGUCUGCGACUUUACGGAGGCUUGUUUCUUGUUUUUCUAAUACCAGAGGAGGAAGGCUGGUAAUGCUGCCACAAAGUUAGCAUCGACAUGAUGCAAGCAUGUCGCAUGAGGUGGAUUGGCAAGGUGGACAAAUCGGAUCAUUGUAAUUCGCGGUGAUGAUUCCCAUUGGCUCAAGAGUGGAAGGAUUGGGAUUCCUUGGCAGUGCGAUGUCGAGGAGCGUUGGGAGCGACGAAGAUGGUUACGCCACGAUAACAAAGCUCUCCUCAUCUUCUUCUUUUUCAGUAUACUAUUGUAAUUCGCAGCGGGGGAAAUCAGAUCAGCCAGCAGAGAUCUGCGUGCGUGCCUGUAUGUCCUUGCCCAUCCAGGUGUAAGUCUUUACCUGUGCGACACUCAACCCGGUUUUCCGGCAGGUGACGCGCCCCACCAAUAGACGGGAGCAACCACUGACAGGGAUUGCUAGGGAGCGUUUGUCAUACCACUCCCUCUGGCAGCCUUCCCCCCCCCCUCCCCCGCUGAGGUUUUCACAAAAAAAAAAAAAAAAAAAAAAAGUAUUUUGGGUAGGCAUUGUCCAAUGGAUGGAGGCAAGAAUCCCAGUUACAUGCAGAUGAAUUGCCUGGAUGUUUCAGUUAAAGCAGGAUGAUCGUGUCCCUACCGGUAGGCUGAACUCUCUCUCUCUAUAUAUAUAUAUAUAUAUCGUCAAAUAGAUAUAUAUAUAUAUAUAUAUAUAUAUAUCGUCAAAUAGAACUGCCCGGUAAACCGUAGGCAGAGAGGGAGAAGAGGACAACAAACGAGGGGCUGUGAAUGGAAAGAUGUCCGAGUGGUCGAUGGUGUAGUAUUGGAAAUGCUAUGUAAACUUUAGUUUACCGAGGGUUCAAGUCCCUCUCUUUCCGUUUUUUCUAUUGCUCUUAAAAAGAACGUAAACAAAUGAUAUUUAUUUAG